GUUGGCAAAGCACAUCUUUGUAGUCAAGUCCAAUCCUAAGGCUAAGGUCAACUAUGCCUGGCAGCUGCAUGAGAAGUUUAAACUAGGUCAGAUUUGUAGUUGUAAGGGAAGCCAUCAGUACCCAGUGAGACCAGGUUGCUGUAGUUCCCCAGCGUCCCGUCUGUGUAGGACUUGCGCAGGACUCCACAGCCUCCACACCUCCUACAUGAAAGCCAGUCACACCCCUAAACAUUACGGAAGCCUGUUAUACCAAACAGUCUUCCUCACUCUGUUGUCAGACUUGCCUAUGAUUCCAAGUAAAGAAGCAAGAAAGCUACCCUGAGGAAGGUAGGAAGAAUGUCUUGAUUCUGUUUUUGACUAUAACCCUGAUGUGGGGAUUCCAUUAACUCUGGUCUCUAUCCAACCGGCAUCAUUUAUCUACUUGUCUAGGUCCUGGUCUACUACGGGGUUUACAAGUAAAGCAAAAAUAGAAUUGCUAACCUGGAAGUGCUUUAAACUUAGGAAAACUACACAUGAAAAUAAAACACAAAUGUACAAUCACAGUCAGAUCUGAGUUUUAGGAAUCUGGAGAUUACUUGAUCUAACGGUGUUAGAUUUAAGGAUCUGAGCCCUUCAAUUAAAUUCUUGCUGCCUAGUGUGGUCUGAGGACAGAGUCAACAUCAUCUGGAAGCUUGUUAGAGCUGCUGAUUGAGCUCCACUCCAGUCAUGCUGAUUCAUAAUUCGCACAUUUAAAAGAUCCCAGAUGAUAUGGAUGGACAUUCACAUCUGAAAAGCACUGGGUUAUAGGAUCUGCCCAGGUGUAUGGUUCAGUAAUAGUAACAACUAACAAGAAUGAAAUUUCCUUUCCUUUUUUUUUUAAGAUUUUUAUUUAUUUAUUAGAGACACAGAAAGAGAAAGAGAGAGAGAGAGAGAGAGAGAGAGAGAGAAACAGGCUCCAUGCAGGGAGCCUGACGUGGGACUUGAUCCCGGGUCUCCAGGAUCACGCCCGGGGCCAAAGGCAGCACUAAACAGCUGAGCCAUCGGGCUACCUGAAAUUUCCUUUCCAAAACAGAAUCUGUCCUCUACAUUAACAGGUGACACCUUCCUUUGAGUGAAAGCAGCUUUAUUACAAAUAAUGGAUACCAGGGCUCCACCUUAGGGUGGUGUUCAGGCAUUAUAUUUUUCAAAACUCCCGGGUACAGCCAGGGUCAGAGGAAUCACAAGAAGUCACAUUAGGAUAAAUCAGGGAAGGUUUCAGGAAAGAGAACUGAGAAUCUGGACUUGAAGGAUGGACAGGAUUAAGAAGUCAAGGAAGAAGAGGAGGCAAGGUAUUCCAGAUGAGGUAGGGAGUGGGAUAGAGUGGGUGGGAAGCACCAAAGAGAAAAAGAAGAGACUGAUAAAAGAGGCAAGGAGUCUUUUUAGAAAGCAGGCAAUCCAGGUUUUUAGAUGGAAACUCCUAGUUCUUAAAUGCUGAGAACUCUUUCAAAUAUGAACCAGAAGGCUGGCCAUACUGAACGUCUGUAUGCCAGAUGGCACCCCUGCCUAUAUGCAUGGAAAAUCAGCCUGAUACAAGACCGUUUUUCUUCUGAAAACCUCCCUCACUGGGGCCAGGGCCACUCACCCAGUGACCGAGCCCCUAGGGCUCUGACCUCACUUCCUGCUCUCUUCCCACUGGCCCGCCUUUCCCCAGCUCCUCCUCUCACCUGCUCCCCAGGGAAGCUCAGGCGGCCUCCCAUCCUGAAGUCUUCCUUGUUUCCUCAUCUCCAAGCCCCUGGGAUCUGCCCCUGGCAUACAGCAAGCAUCACUGGACACUUACACAUGGACCCCUUUGCACUGUUACUCUGAACCUCCAAGGGCGCGGACAGCUAAUUUCUUGGUGAAUUAAGUCCUGGGUGGGGCAGCGAGGAACGGUCAGCAGAGGGCUCCGAGGAAGGGCGGGCGCCCCUCCAGUCAGGGGUGAACCGAACUCACUACCGACAAGGCAGUCGAGCAAAAGAAGGGAAUGGUUUCAUCUCCCAAAAGCUAAGAAGGAAUUUCAGGAAAUUCUUGUCUUUCCCUAGCUCUCCAGGCCGCGCGGACGUUCCUUUGGGUCUUCCUAGAGAAGAAUGAAACUUCUGGAAGCCUACCUGAGGAAGGUGGAGAAGCGCGAGGGUGCCGGGUGGAAACACCCUCCUCCCGCGCCCGGUGGGCGGCAGCCCCGAACAAAGACCCAAAGAGCUCGGCUCUACUCCGACCUAGGAGUCUAGGAGUCUAGGAGUGAGGGUCCUGGCCUCCGGGGCACAAGUGAUGGUCUGGGAACUUUGGGAACUCCAACGGAGGAAAAAAGGUGCCAGGGAACCCGCAGCGGAUAUUUCCGGUCGAGGGUGCUCAGAAUCCGAGUCCACACCGCACCGGGGGACCUUGGGAAGACUGCGCCGCCUCCCUCAGCGUCGCCCUCUCUAUGGGUCCCAACGGAGUUAAAAGGACACCCGAGCCGAUCGCUCACGGACCGCCGGACAGUACCGCGACCUCGCCGACCCACGCCGCGGACCCUCGCCAGGCCCGGAAGCCGAGCCGAACCUCCCCUGACGCGGUACUUCCGCCCGCCGGGAGGCGGGUCGCCACCGGAUGCGGAAGUCACUGCAGGGGUCACUGGGGAGUGUAGUCUCCGAGGCGGAGGCGGAGGCGUUAGAGAAGCGGGCACAUCAAGGCGAGAAGCUUCACCUGGGACCCUCUACACGUUUUGCGAACGUGGUUUUAAGAAACAAUACCGGAUCCAGCUGCCGCAGUGGUAGUUCUUUAGUGAUCGGGGCACGUUACCUAGAAACAGCUCCCUGGGAGGCCAAUGGCUGUUGUGGGCGGUCAGGGCGCGUGUGGUUGCGUGGAGCAUCCUGGGAGGGGUAGUCCCGGCGCCACGCCGAGGAUGCUGGGUAGUGUAGUCCCGGCAACCUACAGAAGUAGGUCCCCAGCUGGUGGCUGGAGUGACCCCUCGUUCUUUGGUGGAGCUGGUGAGUGAGCCUGCUGCGGGACCCUUGCGGCAACCGUGCCAUUCCUUCCUGGCGCGCGGCAAGAUCUGCCUUCUGAGAUAUCCUUCUUUAGGGAUACCAGGAAAAAUGGCCACAGGGUCCCGGAAAGCCAGGGUAAUGGCACACAUGGCAUUCAGAGAUGUGGCUGUGAAUUUCAGCCAGGAAGAGUGGAUGCUGCUGAGCCCUGCUCAGAGAUCCCUGUACAGGGAGGUGAUGCUGGAGAACUACAGCAACCUGGUCUCACUGGGAAUUCCAUUUUCUAAGCCAAAACUUAUCACCCAGCUGGAGCAAGGGAAGGAAAGCUGGAGAGAGGAGGGGAAAUGCCCACCAGCCCUCUGUCCAGCAGAACCAAAGCCAGAACUCCACCUCUGUCCUCUCUGCCCUUCGGAUUUUUCCAGUCAGAAACGCCACACGCAACACAUGCUGUGUAAUCCCCCCUGGGUCUUCGCAUGCCUGUGUGCAGAAACUCAUGUUGACCCAGGGGAUCCGUGCCCAGGGGCCCAGAAGCAGCAGCAACAUGCCUCUGAUCCAGAGCCCUGGAGUGAUAAAGCAGAAGGUCAAGAGAGAGAAGUUGCCAAGCCUUUGUUUGGCAAGACAAAGAAAAGGACUUCGGGAGCAUUCUCUAGGCCACCCCAAAGGCAGCCAGCCAGCUCUCGGAGUGGCGUCAGAGGCAUGGAAAUAGGGUCUAGCCCCGUUCCGACAGGGAACCCUGAGGAGGCCGACCGACUGUUGAAGAGGAUAGAAGUUUUAGGAUUUGGAACGGUCAACUGUAGAGAGUGUGGCCUGGGCUUCAGCAAGAUGACAAACCUGCUCAGUCACCAGAGGAUUCACUCUGGGGAGAAGCCAUAUGUGUGUGGCGUGUGUGAGAAGGGCUUCAGUCUGAAGAAGAGCCUCGCCAGGCACCAGAAGGCCCACUCGGGGGAGAAGCCGAUUGUGUGUAGGGAGUGCGGCCGAGGAUUCAACCGCAAGUCCACGCUCGUCAUCCAUGAGAGGACCCACUCGGGUGAGAAGCCAUACAUGUGCAGCGAGUGCGGGCGAGGCUUUAGUCAGAAGUCAAACCUCAUCAUACACCGGAGGACACACUCGGGGGAGAAGCCCUACGUGUGCCGGGAGUGUGGGAAAGGCUUUAGCCAGAAGUCUGCUGUCGUUAGACACCAGAGGACACACUUGGAGGAAAAGACCAUCGUGUGCAACGAUUGUGGACUAGGCUUCAGUGACCGGUCGAACCUCAUCUCACACCAGAGAACACACUCCGGGGAGAAGCCUUAUGCCUGCAAAGAGUGUGGGCGCUGCUUUAGGCAGAGGACGACCCUUGUCAACCACCAGAGGACACACUCCAAAGAGAAGCCUUAUGUGUGUGGAGUGUGUGGGCACAGCUUUAGCCAGAAUUCAACCCUCAUCUCACACAGGCGGACACACACCGGGGAGAAGCCUUAUGUGUGCGGGGUGUGUGGGCGCGGCUUUAGUCUGAAGUCACACCUCAACAGGCACCAGAACAUUCACUCAGGGGACAAGCCCAUUGUGUGCAAGGAUUGUGGGCGAGGCUUCAGCCAGCAGUCAAACCUCAUCAGACACCAGAGGACACACUCAGGGGAAAAGCCCAUGGUGUGUGAGGAAUGCGGGCGAGGCUUCAGCCAGAAGUCAAACCUCGUUGCACACCAGAGGACACACUCAGGGGAAAAGCCGUACGUGUGCAGAGAGUGUGGGCGGGGAUUCAGUCACCAGGCAGGUCUCAUCAGGCACAAGAGGAAGCACUCAAGGGAGAAGCCUUACAUGUGCAGGCAGUGUGGCCUAGGAUUCAGCAACAAGUCAGCUUUAAUCAUACAUAAACGGGUACAUUCAGAAGAGAAACCUUGUGUGUGCCGAGAGUGUGGCCAAGACUUUAUCCAGAAGUCACGUCUCCUCUUACAUCAGAUGACACACCAGGGGGAGAAGCCUUAUGUGUGCAAGAUGUGCGACAAAGGCUUCAGCCACAAGUCCCACCUCAGCAGACACAGGAGGAUGAAAUCUGUCCACUACAAACUGCCACUCCAGCCUGACCCUGAGGCCUGUGCAGGGCAGUCUUCUGACCUCUUACACUCUCUUUGAAAGCGAAGAUGGUAGUGUGGACUGAAUCAUCAAAAUUGUUAUACUUUGAUGAAAUGGGGUAAGAAGUACACUCCAUAAGUGGUCAAAGGACAUUUGACUUAGCUUUCUCCACACUUAAGUCUUCAUGUUUUAUGGCCUUUUGUUCUAAUAAACAUUGAUUGCUUCUUUA